AUGACGUUAAUCAAUCAAGAUACAAAAACUCAACAGUUUAAACCGGUUGGCUUAAUCUUAAUUAUCAUAUCUUUUAUUUCUCUACUGUACCUUGUUUAUAACCUUCAAUCGAACAAUUUUUUCCCAUUAAUACAUAGAACUUUGAUUGCAGGAAAAAAUUUCACAAGAAUUGAAAGCACUGCGAUUCAUCAUGAAUCCUUGAAUACCUCUCAACAUGAAAUAUCCACCAAUUCAUCUGACUACGAUCAGCUACGUGUACCUUGGAACAAACAUCCUCGCAGUGUCAUUGUAACACUGAUUCGUAGUAAUGACAAAUCGGUGGAUCUUGCUAUCAAUAUGAUUCAUUCCGUUAUGAUUCUUCAUUCAACAAAAGAUCAAUUUCAAUAUCCAUUUCUUAUCUUUCACGAUCAAUUCUUUACUUCAACAAUGCGUCAACGCAUUGUCACAUGUAUUCAAAAUAAUAAAAGAACCUUCUACGUUUCAUUUAUUCGCAUCGAUUUUCUGACGAACGCUCAAUUACCCGACAAAUUCAUUUGA